GGGCCGAAGCCACAAGAGACGGGAAUAGGCUGUGCCGUCGAUCGCCAGGGCUAAAGGGUAUUCAGGCCAGACCAGGGAUCAUGGCCGAUUCCUUUCUCGUCGUUCCUCAUUCCAUCACUUGCAAUUCGCAGUUUGGAAACUCGCGACCGGCAACCCGCGCGUAACAAAAGUAAGACCACCCUCUUUCCGUUGCGGCCGGCAGCUCGUGCAUCAACAACGGCAUGCAACAGCCGGGGUGGGCCAAUGGGCCCGGGCCCGGGCCCUCCGACCUGCCCGAGGCCGUCGACCGGGACGAUAUGCUACCAGAAGUCGUCCCACCGGACCACCCACAAUUCGCCUAUGAACAUGACAAGCAUCUCACGCCGGGGUACUCGACGACGACAGGAUACGAUUACUACGGAUCGCCAACUACCGCGGUCAACAAUGAAGAGCCGCCGCCGCGUCUGAUAUUGGGGUUACGGCGGCGCACGUUUAUUAUACUGGCCGUGAUAAUCGGCUUGCUGAUUGUCGGCAUCGGCGUCGGCGUUGGUCUCGGCGUCGGUCUCAACGCGUCAAGUAACGAUGACCCGGCACCCGUUGCUCCCCCGACCGAGAACCCUGACCCUAACGGCAACUUGUUCGAGGGGUCGUCGCUGGCCGCCUCCAACUACACGGACACGGACGGGUUCAUCCAUCUCUACGUGUUCUUCCAGGCGGCGAACGAGGAACUGCUCACAUCGAAAUGGGACUCGCAGAACAAGACAUGGGAGACCAUGUCCAUCUCCAAGAUCCUCUCCGACACCGGCCUGAACCUCAGCCUGAUCCCCGCCUCCCCCAUCGCCGCCUACACCUACACCAACCCCACCUUCCAGACGCGCGUGUACUUCCUCACGACGAACAACUCGAUCCGCGAGAUCAUCUCGUCCGAGGACCCGACCCUGAAGACCAACUGGCGGCAAGGCCAGCUCGGCAGCAACCGACUGCUCACGGCGGCCAGGGGAUCCAAGCUCGCGGCGCUGCGGCCGCACUGCGGGACGAGCACCAACUGCCAGGUCAACUACCCGUGGCUGGCGAUCGCGUACCAGGGCGAGGGCGGGGUGAUCGCGGUCUCGCGCGCCGACGAGUGGGAGCCCAUGGACAUCGAGUUCGGCCCGGCCGAGCCCGGCGCCGCCAUCGGCCUGUCGAGCGUCAUGCGCAGGGGCAACAUCACCGACGUCGGCUGGAGCCUCUUCUACGACGAGGACGGCACCCUGCAGGAGUUCAACUCGGAGAAACUCCUCGGCGACUGGACUAGAGGCCCAUCAACGGGAUUCGCCCCGGACGCCUCCGGCCCCAACAUCGCCUCCUUCUCGUACGAGCUCGUCAACAUGAUGAUCCUCAACGUGGACCCGGACGGGGACCUGGAGAUGCGGAGGUGGGAGGGGCAGGACUGGAGCGGGCUGGAGCCGCCGAACCUGCUGGCGGGCGACGGCGCGCCCGACGAGCCCAAGUUCUCGGCCGUGGCCGGCACGUCGCAGCGCCGCGUGUUUGGCGUCGUCAACGGCACCAUCCACCAGUGGGAGUUCUUCACGCUGAGUCCCCUGCAGUGGGCGUAUCGGGGGACGGUGCCGACGACUUUUGAGCCGUGAGUGGUGGGAGACGAUGGGCGAUGUUUUGGUGCGGAUUCUGUAUAUGCCACGAUACCCGGGUUUUUUGUGUGUUUAUUUGUUAUUAUUCUUCUUCUUCGUUGGAACAUAUCUACUAAAUUGUAGAAUAGGGGGGUAGGUAUUACUUGGCUUUUGGGGGCGAAGGGGAAGGGGUUGGGACAUCAAAAACACACACAAACAAGGAACGAACA